AUGAAAAAUGUCUCCGUACCCACUCUUGUUGUAGCGGAAAUCCCAACGGCAAUCUUGGUGUCUGAAAGGACUGAUCACCCUGCACAGAAUUACGAUACAUACUAUUUGGCCUCAAUGAUGCGGGGGUUUGUGCCAUACUUCAUCGAGGCCAUCUCCACCAAAAGCGACGAUUACCUGCCAGGUGAUGCUGAAAAUCUGAGCAAAGAAAUCUUCAACUACAUGAAGCCGAAAGAACAUGACGAAAACCUCAUUGAGUUUUUUGAGCAGUAUCGUAAACGCUAUUUCGGCAAUCAGGUAGUGCAAAGGGCGACAGUUUUGCAUUCAUGUUUAAUUAAUAUUCUCAAAAUGCCUUUCAACCUCACGUCUUCAAUAGAACAGGGCUUAAUGAUAUGUUGA